GGAGAAGAUACCGCGCAUCCAAAAGCACCAUCUACCCUCCUUCUCGACGGGAGAUCAGAGGAGUGGACGAGAAAGAGAAAAGGAGGAGGAGGCCAAGGAUGGGACGGAAAGCAGAGGUGCAACGAGCGCUGCUCGAGAAGCUCAUGGGUCCCGAGGCCAUGGGCCUCUCGACGAAGCAGCUUCACUUUACAGACGAAAAGGUCUGCCGGAACUUUCUGUGCGGGACUUGCCCUCAUGACCUCUUUAGUAAUACGAAAGUGGACCUUGGACCAUGCCCGCGCUCGCACACGGCCCGGCUCAAGGAAGAGUUUAAUGCCUCUGUCAGCGGCGGUGAAAAGUACCCAACAUUUGAGGCCGAGUACGAAGACAACAUCCGCGGCUUCAUGGCCGACAUUGACCGCAAGAUUGCCGCCAACAAGCGGCGCAUCGACCAGACGCCCGAGGAGACGGCCAAAUUUACGAAUCUCAUGCGCGACAUUGCCGACGUCGAGGCCGCACUCAACAGCGCCAUGGCCGAGGUCGAGCGGCUAGGAGAGCAGGGUCAGAUCGAGGAGUCGCUGGCCGAGCUGCAAAAGGCCGAGGCGCUCAAGGGCGAGAAGCAGGACAGGGAGCGAGAGCUUCAGGCACUCAGCGACAGCGCCGGUGCCAGUGGACACCAGAAGCUGAGGGUAUGCGACGUAUGUGGCGCCUAUCUCUCCAUUCUCGACUCCGACCGAAGGUUGGCAGACCACUUUGGUGGCCGAAUGCACCUGGGAUAUCUCCGCUUGCGAGAGAUCAUCACUGAGUUUGAUGAAAGGCGAAGGAGGGGAGAGGACCCGAGGCAAGCCAUUGCGGCGGGGAUCGGAUGGCGACCUGGUCAGGGUCAGAAUGGGUCGAAUGGAGCAGGGCUGGCACCCCCUCCUGUCGCCAUGAAUGGAGGUGGCCAUGGGUACGGCGCGAGAGGGCCACCUCCCAUGGAUUCAGGCUACGGAGGUCGGUACGGCGGCGGCGCCCCUGCGCCGGUGGACGAUGGCUAUCGAAGGGACAGGGACCGGGAUCGCGACAGAGAUCGUGACAGGGACAGAGACAGAGAUAGGGACCGACGGGAUCGGAGAGACGGGAGAGAUUACCGCGACCGGUCAGACCGACGAAGAUCAAGGUCGCCCGGUCCCCGACGGUAGCAGACGCAUUUUCAAUGUGCAUCAAUUUCAAUCUCUCAUUACAUGCGAGAGGACGGACACUGCGUUGGCUGAAGGGACACUUGUACAGUACAAAUGAGCUGAGACUUUCUUCUUCUCGUGGUCAACAGUCACGAGAUCUGCUAAAGUCCUCCCAUCAGGCUUCGAACCCUAGCCAAGAGCUCAUGGCUCUUCAUUUUCCGGAGAGAAUGGGCCCCACCUCCCUCGCUUUCUGCUCCAUUGGCUCCAUUUGAUACCCGAGUCGAUGGAGGAGGUGGCAUGACUCCGCUGUCGACGUGCUUGUUCGCCCUCUUUAAAACAAGAUUUAACCUCAACGACCAGCCUGGCAGCUGGAGAUUGCUCGACGACUGUCCUUCGGAGGCACCCAU